CCCGGUACCGCUCGGCUCCCGUCGCCCGGCUCCGCUCCCAUCGCCCGGCUCCUCGCCGCUCUUCCCCGCCGGGACCCGGCUCCCGGCACGGCCGAGGCAGCGCCCCCCGCCCCGCCGGCCCCGGCGCCGUCCCCCGGCCCGGCUCGGUGCCCCCCGGCGGGCGGCAGGAUGGCCGCCAAGCCCGCCGAGCUGCUGGGCGUCUGCUCGAGCUACCAGGCGGUGAUGCCCCACUUCGUCUGCGUGGCCGAGGAGUUCCCCCCGCCCGCCCGGCCGGCCCGAGCCCCCCGGGGCAAGCUGCGGCGGCCGCGGCAGUCGCGCUUCAAGACGCAGCCGGUGACUUUCGACGAGAUCCAGGAGGUGGAGGAGGAGGGGGUGUCCCCCAUGGAGGAGGAGAAGGCCAAGAAGUCCUUCCUGCAGUCCCUCGAGUGCCUGCGGCGCAGCACCCAGAACCUCAGCCUGCAGCGGGACCGCCUGGGCAGCUGCCGCCUGCGAAACAGCCUCGACUCCAGCGACUCGGACUCGGCCCUCUGAGGUUGGCCAGGCUCGGCACGGCUCGGCACGGCCCGGCCCGGCCCGGUGGGACUGCGCCCGCCCCGCUCCGGCAGGGACCCGGCCGCAGGGAGGCUCGGCGGGGCGCCCGGCGGGCCGGGAUGUUUUCUGAGAAAGCGCUUGUUGUACCUGCGUUUCUAUUCGAUUGUACGAAACUCUCCGUCUGAAAGACACACACACAAAAAAAAAAAAAGAAAAAAAAAGAAAAAAAAAAUCUUUUCUAUUCGUUAGAAGAAAUACGAGCUGUUUUAGAUGCAUUGAGCUGCUGGACUUUAUAUUUAUUUUUGCAUUUAAACUGUUGACUGCGUUAAUUUAAUAUGUUUCUACCUGAAUGUCUGUUGUUAUUUCCAUAAAAGAGUAAUAAAAUCCGAUAUAUUUGCACAGUA